AUUAUUUUGCCCCCCCCCCCCAUGGUUGACUGGCGGAAGGGGAUCAUGGGGGUCUUAAAUGGAAGGAACUGAUAACAAACUUCAACAUUACAGAGACACUUCCUCACGGGCGCUGGGGUGGUUUCCAAGGGAACGGGCUUAGGCGGGGCACGUGUGAGGGGGAGCAGCGGCUGUCCAAUGAGAGAGCGAAGACCGGGUUGUUUGUUGGUGGUUCAUUCGGGAAAGUUACACAAGGUGGGGAGUGGGAGAGGUGGCGGUAAGCUGUGACCUCUUCGUUGCUUCCUACCCGGUCCCGCGCUAGGAUUUCUUUAAAAGCACCCCGGGAGUAGCCUGUCAAACAGGGGGGCUUGGGCGUAUCCUUGCCUUGUUCGUGUCCAUGGAGCUGCUAACUGUCGGCGCUUCUUUCGCCUGCUUUCGGCUAUUGAAUUGGGAACUCCACAGGCUGGUGCCCCCUCCAAGCUCCGCGCUUCGCAAUCCCUGGAAAUGGAGGAACAUUUGGACGUCCUUUGUGCACAGCCUGAUUACUGGCAGCUGGGCGCUACUGGGGUUUUACCUGCACCCUGAGAUGGCUGAGGAUCUCAUCUCCACACACUCCCUGCUCUCACGCAGCCUGGUUGCUGUGUCUAUAGGUUAUUUUAUUCAUGACUUUUUGGACAUGCUGCAGAAUCAGAAGCUACAUAAAUCCUGGGAGCUGCUUUUUCAUCACAUUGUGGUUAUUACAUGCUUUGGAAUCUCGGGGAUCCUCCGUCGCUAUGUUGGUUUUGCAGUGGUUGCAUUGCUGGUAGAAAUCAACUCCAUCUUCCUACAUCUACGGCAAAUCCUGCUCAUGGCCAAUUUGUUGAAGACCACCUUCUACAGAGUAAACAGCCUGCUGAAUUUGGGCACUUAUGUUAUCUUCAGAAUCAGCACUUUGGCCUGGAUGACCAGGUGGCUGGUGCUAAAUAGAGACAAUAUACCACUUCUAAUCUACACCAUCGGCAGUGUGGGAAUGGCCAUCAUGACUGUGAUGAACAUCAUCCUAUUCUGUCGUCUUUUGCGCAGUGACUUUCUUAAGUCUGCCCAGGAUCCCCAGUGUGAGAAAGAAAAGUGAAUCCGUGAAAGUCAGGCCUUUGCUUGUUUUUAACCAAGAACCAAUUAUGGUUUUCAUACAAAGGCUUCCUCAGGAUUGACAUCAAAAACCUAAUCACAAAGAAAUUCCAUUGCCGAGUUUACAUGGUAACCUUUUGGAAGCUUUCUUGGUGGACCUUCUACCCCAUUUCAUUUCCUUCUAGCUGAACCUUCCUAAGGUUUGAAAUCAACAAGCUACUUACAAAAAAUCAUUCCUGAGCUUUGGCAGUGGCUCUCCCCCUUUCUUUUAUUUAGACAGAGAUCCAGUUUUUCUUCAAAGCAAAUGAGUCACAUCUUAAUCUCUAGAAACGUAUGAUUUUUUUUUUUUCCCCCCAGCAUUAAAGCACUUACGGUAGGUUCUGCUAUUGUGAGCAUAUUGUUGACGGCACUUUGUUUUUUCAACAAAGGGACAAUUCAACAUCAGGUAGCUGCAAAAUGAGUGUUCUCCCACACAUUUACACUUUAGCAGAAUGUCUAACAUCAACAAUUUAGCAACUCACAUUGUGACUGGAUCUGGCUCUUUACAAAGUCUUAAUGAGGCUGGACCUCAUUGUCUUGAAUAAGUGAGAGUAGAUUUGCUGCUAAAGCCACUUUGAUACAAUGCAGGUCUUGUUCUCUACCUGAGAUUAGAGCAUUUAUACUGACUUUUCUUGAUCUUUAGAUCUUAUCUCUAUUCUCUAAACAGAUUAGAGUGAGUAUGUUGUACCUAUGUGAACCAGUACAAGGGUACUGUUAAUGUGAAAUUGUACCAUAUCUGUCAUCUUACAGGGAAAAAUAUCUGUUGUAUCACUGAAAAAUGUUAGAAUCGAUACCCCUGAAAAGAAGGGUAGAUUAUAUAGAUGAUCAACUAUCUGGCCUUUUAGUGUUAAAUUUCCCUUUUGCCAUACGGUAGCUCUCUCCUUAUAAACACAAAUAUGCAGCAUUUUUUUUACAUUUCUUUUAAUUUCUUUAUUAAUUUUCCCAGGGGCAUAAUUGCAGUUACUCUAUUUGUUCCGUGAUACAAGCUUGCACACUUUGGUAGAACUUAAUUGAUAUGGCUUGUGCAUGAAUUUCUUACAGUUUACAGAAUACUCCUUGCACUCAUCAUUACACUCAGGGGCAGAUUUAUCAAGGGUUGAUUAGUAAAUUCAGAUUUCUGAGUUUUAAAAAAAAUUCGAAUUUUGAGAUUUAUCACUCCUUGACAUGGAAACAGUCCUAAUUCGAAUAUCCG